AUGGUCAUCUUGACAUCAAUCCGAAAGUCCCCAGCUUAUCUUUACGCCAAAAUAUAUUGCCUCUGCGCGCUGGUCAGCCUCGUUCAAGCAACGCCCAUCUCAUCGCGAUUCCGACCAGCCAAUCAGACAACGCCAACGCGCUUUAGAAAUGGAAAGGCCUUGACAUCCCGAAUAGCUCCGGACAAUGAACCAAAUAAAGCAUCCUUAUCGAACAAGACGACGCGGAUUAUUGAUAGAUGGUACGCCAGAGUUGCGGAUUUAGCUUCAGUGAAGACCUCACUGAAACGCGAUGGAAUGGAUACAGCAACGUAUCCCGAGUUACAGUGGGAUGCAAAAGUCCGUUAUGGCUCGUCUUUACACCCAAAAGAACAAGAAUUUAUCCAUUUGCGGAAGGUGAGGAUCUCAUCUGAGGGUAAAAACUCACUACAUCACUUUCUUUGUCUUCCACCAGACGAAAUAGUCGACCCAAGAGAUGUUCCACUCCUCUCCUUGGGGGGCUCAGGCGGUGGCUACAGAGUUAUGUAUGGCUUCGCAGGCUUCAUGGCCGCUGCCAAAAAGUCGGGCUUGUGGGAUUGCAUCACUUGGACUGCCGGUGUGAGCGGAAGCUGUUGGACGAUAGCAGCGUACUACACAAUUGCCAAGCACGAUAUCUCCAAGCUUGUCGAUCACUACAUGACUGUAGCAAGUGAACUCGCGCACCCGAUGAUGAGCAAAGCCCAGAAGAGCAUUAUUGGAUUGAGUGUCAUGGACCUUUAUUCUACUCUCACAGCAACAUAUCAGCUUCUAUCAAGAGAACCGAAAGGGAGAUUGAGUAGAGCCACAUUUCAGUGGUCUAAGCUCUGGCAAAGAUCGGGAAUUGACAAGGCGUUGGAGCCGAUGCCAAUUCUCGCUGCUGUCAGACGUGUCCCGAGAUACUCAUACGAGCCCAAGACUAUUUCUGUCAAGGCCACAGCUAUUCAGAACGAUAACAUCGCACGAAACAUGGAUCCAAUGCACAGAGACUCUAAGAACAAGCCCAAGACUAGUUCUAAGAAGCUUUUUCAGUACUUUGAGAUUUCACCUUUGGAGAUAGGCAGUGCAGAUCUGAAUCGAUAUGUUCCCACUUGGUCCUGGGGACGCACUUUCGUUUCUGGACAUUCGGUCGACCGUCGCCCAGAGCAAUCAUUUUCACUUCUACUGGGACAAUGUACCGGUGCACCAGCGGGGCCGUUGACAGAGUGUAUAAAAGCUCUCUUAGUGUCGAUCCCCAAAGACACGGUAAUGGCGCGUUUGGUAGCCAUGCUCAACAGGUUCUUGCAGUCGAAGCGUUUGGAAGGUUUCUGGGGGAAUCCGAUCCGAGCAGGACACGACCCUAAUCCAUUCUAUGGGCUGGAGAAACCUGCCAUGGCAAGAGAACAUACUUCUGAGCAUUCAUCAUACAGGUCACAAGCGGCUGAACCCGAGGUUGCAAAUAGGAGGGGUCUUGUAACCAUGACUGCCAGUUCUGCCGUAAACUUUCCGCCAUGGGAAGCUCAAGGUCGUACAAGACUAAUGGACUGUGGAAUGGCCAACAAUCUUCCCAACCAUGUCCUUGCAAGGCCAGAAAGAGGCGUUGACAUAUUUAUCUCUUUUGAUUCAUCCUCUGAUGUGCAGACCGGAGCAGCUGUGCAGCGCCUACAUCACUUCGCUGCAGACUUUGACUUUGAACUACAAGAAGAAACUGAAGUCUUCCACAGUCCAAGGAAGAACAUUGAACUGGUCUCAGAUGAUGGUUUACAAGUCGAGUCACGAUAUCUCACUCAAUAUGCUAGAGUGUUUCGGGGUACGCGUGAGAGUGGGAAGACCAUUUAUAUCAUUUACUGCCCGCUUUUGCCAAAUGGUACCAACCCAAACUUCAACCCUUCGACGGCGUCCUUCUCAACCUCAACAAACCUCAUGUGGACGUCAGACCAAGUCCAAAGCAAAGGUGUAUCAAGACAAAAAGGCACAUAG